AGCAGUAGAUCACAUCUUUAUGCAAGUCGUUGCACGUCAAAUUUGACGUUUCUUUCAAGGUGGUGGUUGUUUUGUUGUUAAUUGCAAUUAAUCGGUGUUAACGAUUUGAUUGAUAAUAUACGAAUGUGAGUGCGAGUGAUGAGUGGGCCGAAGAACGCCCUUAACCGCAUGUUAUAGUAAUACUAAUAAAGAAGCAUCAGGAGCGGCGAUGACGACGAGAAAACGGAGUGGGUCUUGGUCCAAGAAACAGUUGAAGGGCAAAGUAGUGCAGAUCUACGAGUCCCUUUGCAAGGGUGAAGAUCUGGCGAAGAGCAAUGCAAAUGUGUGGGAUGAGUUUUUCCUUUUGAAACCGAAAUUGGGACAACUGGAGUCCGAGAUACAGAAGCUAACCCAUGAGCAGCUCGCCGCUGCCAAGGAUAACAUCAACGCAUUGUUUGUGCAGUGCAUCAAUACGCUGGGACAUGAACCUUAUAGAGCUGUGAUAGCCAUGCAGACGCUGUGCGUGUUGGUGCAUGCAAUCUACAAAAAGACUGGAACUGAGCCGGGAUUCGAUGUCAUCAGUUUGCUGGUUGGGGUGCAGAAUGCUCAAGAGAAGAUGCAACAGUUGCUCACACAUUGCCAAACUUUCCUUACAGGGGAGCAUCCGGAUAGUCUGAAAGGGUUGUGUCUGAAGCUGCUGCUGGUGUUCAUGACUGGCACGGAGAGCGUAAGUCAAAACACGCUGAUCGAGUACAUCAUGAUCACGUCGAUGUUCGAGAGUCUGGUGCAGCUGCUGUGCGAGUCGACGACGCGACAGAUCCACGGACACGACGUCGUCCUGCUGAUCACUCUUCUGGUGAACUACAGGAAACACGAGUCUGCCAAUCCGUACAUCGUGAAGCUGUCCAUACUGGACGACGAGCUCGUCCUCAACGGGUACGGACAGGUGAUCACCUCAUCGCUGACAGAGUUCUGCAAGCAAUUCGUCGCGCAGCAAUCGGAGACGCAGAACACCUCGUGGUUCUCAUCGCUCACCAACAAAGUGGGCAGCAUGUUCAUCUCCGAGGAGGAGGGCGUUCGCACGCAAAAGAUCAAAGCGAACAACGCGUUACUGUUGGCGUUGUACGAGGCCAUCCAUCUGAACAGGAACUUCAUCACGACUUUGGCGCAGAUGCAGACGGAUACCAGUUCACCUCCUUCGCCCAGCAACACCCUGAAUGCUGGACAUCCGACUCCCGACCUGACCAACGUCCCAGUCAUCGACGUAACCGCACAGCCUUCGAAUCUGCUCGUAACAUUCUUCCAGUACUGCUCGAUCGUGAUGCAAGACACGAAGACGGAGGCGGGCACGAACACCGUCAAACUGUGCUUCAUCAUUUUGAGUUGCGUCGCGGAGGAUCAGUACGCCAAUUCAUUAAUGCACGACGUCAGUUUGACCUUUAAGGUGCAGCUGCACCGGAUGCCCAUGAGACACCAGAAACCCACUGCCAACAGAGGCGCCGUUUCGCAACCGCUCGUCUGCAUAUUACUUGAUUUGCUGGUCGAGUUCAUAAUAAGCCACAAGAUGAAAAAGUUGCCGCUGGAACUGUACUUGUUGGCGAUCGGAGUGGUCCAUCGUCUGCUCGUGUACCAGAAGAGAUGCCGAGUGCGUAUCAACUACAAAUGGGGCGAUCUCUGGGAGGCGCUCACCUCCCUGCUGAAGUUCCUCACACAGAACGAGAGCAACCUGACGAAGAGGAUGAACAUCUUCGAUCUAUGCAUGAGGGUGGUGAACAUCCUCAACUUCUUCAUAACCUACGGCGAUACGUAUCUUCCGACGCCCGGCAGCUACGACGAACUCUACUACGAGCUGAUCCGAUCGCAGGAGAUCUUCAUCAAUCUGGAUGCGAUGUGUCUCGCGUACGAAACGAGCGACAGCGAGUACAAGGAUAACGCUCACAAAUUGAACAACAGUCUGAUCAACAUACGAGCGAUACGUAAGCAUUUCGCGCCAAAGAUCGAGGAAUGGCUCGAAUCGCAGCAUCUGUCGACCCCAUCUGAGGAGCAGAUUUUGGAUGUCGUGAAGGCAAAUUACGGCAGUCUGCUGCUCAAGCUGCAGGACUCGUUGGAGCAGUACGAACGUUACUCGGAGAAGCCCAACAACACCAACUUCUUCACGGCGAUGGUCAAGUGCGUUGUUGCCAAUACCAAGAGCAACAGCGAUUCGGCUUCCAUAGACACCGAGGCCAUCCUCGAGGAGUACUCCUCGAUCUUCUAACUAAUGAAACACGACUAAGGAUCGAAAAAGAAAGUGAGUCAGAGUUGAAAACGAACAUGUUUAACGUAUAUAACUGUAUUAUAAAAAUAUAUAAUUUUUCUAUUGA